UUCUGAGACCUAUAAAUACAACAAACUCAGCCUCAGAUUCUCAAACCCAAAUUCCCAAAACCCAAAAAAGAAACCUCAUAACUAAAUUUCAAGCUUCAUCCAUGGCGGCCACCACCACCAACGAACCCAUUCAAUCAAAAUCAUCAUCAUCCGUCUACCUCCAAAACCCCGACGAGCUCCAAAAAGUCUUCAGCCAAUUCGACACAAACGGUGACGGCAAGAUCUCCGUUUCCGAACUCGGCGACGUUCUCAAAGCCCUAGGCACCACCGUUGCCUCCAAAGACCUAACUCAAGUCAUGGAAGAUCUCGAUUCAGACCACGACGGUUUCAUUUCGCUAGAAGAGUUCGCCGCCUUCUGUCGCCAGAGCUCAGAGGACGGUGGAGCUUCGGAGCUUAAAGAUGCAUUCGAUCUCUACGAUCAAGAUCAUAACGGACUCAUCUCAGCCUCUGAACUUCACCAAGUUCUCAGUCGCCUAGGGAUGAAUUGUACCGUCGAUGAUUGUAAUCGGAUGAUCGGAUCCGUUGAUUCUGAUGGUGAUGGUAAUGUUAAUUUCGAUGAGUUUAAGAAGAUGAUGACUAAUAAUUCCAUGGCUAAAGGAUCGGCGAUUCAGUAGAUCUCCGUAGAUCUUGAUUUGCAGGUAAGCACAUUGAUCUUAAUUAGUGGUUCUCGUUUAAGAUUCCUUUUAAUUAAGUCUCUGUUUGUCGUUAAUCUAUAAAUUGUAUCAACUAAAUCCAAAAUUUGACUCUGUUCGUAUUUUGUCUGAAUAGAUUUUCUCGAGAAAA